GUGGUCAAGAUGAUGAUCAUUGUGGUGGUGACCUUCGCCCUCUGCUGGCUGCCGUACCACGUCUACUUCAUCGUGACAGGCCUCAACAAGGCUCUGAUGAGGUGGAAGUCCAUUCAGCAGUUCUACCUGUCAGUGCUGUGGUUGGCCAUGAGCUCCACCAUGUACAACCCCAUCAUAUACUGCUGCCUCAACAGCAGGUAAGGAGAAUAUACACAUGUGCACUCAGACACACAGGCAGACAGGCAGGCAAGCAGAAAUGGGAGCAGGCACAGGCAUGCACAGGCGGAGGCACAUAUAGUACCAGUCAAGUUUGUACACACCUACUCAUUCAAGGAUUGUUCUUUAUUUUUUACUAUUUUUUACUAUUUUCUAUAUUGUAGAAUAAUAGUGAAGACAUCAAAACUAUGAAAUAACACAUAUGGAAUCAUGUAGUAACCAAAAAACAAAUCAAAAUAUAUUUUAUAUUUGAGAUUCUUCAAAGUAGCCACCCUUUGCCUUGAUGACAGCUUUGCACACUCUUGGCAUUCUCUCAACCUGCUUCACCUGGAAUGCUUUUCCAACAGUCUUAAAGUAGUUCCAACAUAUGCUGAGCUGCUUUUCCUUCACUCUUCAGUCAGACUCAUCCCAAACCAUCUCAAUUGGAUUGAGGUUGGGGGAUUGUGGAGGCCAGGUCAUCUGAUGCAGCACUCCAUCACUCUCCUUCUUGGUAAAAUAGCCCUUACACAGCCUGGAGGGGUGAUGGGUCAUUGUCCUGUUGAAAAACAAAUGAUAGUCCCACUAAGCCCAAACCAGAUGGGAUGGCGUAUCGCUGCAGAAUGCUGUGGUAGCCAUGCUGGUUAUGUGUGCCUUGAAUUCUAAACAAAUCACAGACAGUGUCACCAGCAAGGCACUCCCACACCAUAACACCUCCUCCUCCAUGCUUUACGGUGGGAAAUACAUAUGUGGAGGUCAUUUGUUCACCCACACCGCGUCUCACAAAGACACGCGGCUGGAACCAAAAUUCUCAAAUUUGGACUCCAGACCAAAGGACACAUUUCCACCGGUCUAAUGUCCAUUGCUCGUGUUUCUUGGCCCAUCCAAGUCUCUUCUUCUUAUUGGUGUCCUUUAGUAGUGGUUUCUUUGCAGCAAUUCGACCAUGAAAGCAUGAUUCACACAGUCUCCUCUGAACAGUUGGUGUUGAGAUGUGUCAGUUAUUUGAACUCUGUGAAGCAUUUAUUUGGGCUGCAAUUUCUGAGGCUGGUAACUCUAAUAAACUUAUCCUCUGCAGCAGAGGUAACUCUGGGUCUUCCAUUCCUGUGGCGGUCCUCAUGAGAGCCAGUUUCAUUAUAGCGCUUGAUGGUUUUUGCGACUGCACUUGAAGAAACGUUCAAGUUCUUGACAUUUUUCAGAUUGACUGACCUUCAUGUCUUAAAGUAAUUAUGGACUGUCGUUUCUCUUUGCUUAUUUGAGCUGUUCUUGCCAUAAUAUGGACUUGGUCUUUUACCAAAUAGGGCUAUCUUCUGUAUACCCCCCCUACCUUGUCACAACACAACUGAUUGGCUCAAACGCAUUAAGAAGGAAAGAAAUUCCACAAAUUAACUUUUAGGAAGGCACUCCUGUUAAUUGAAAUGCAUUCCAGGUGACUAGCUCAUGAAGCUGGUUGAGAAAAUGCCAAGAGUGUGCAAAGCUGUCAUCAAGGCAAAGGGUGGCUACUUUGAAGAAUCUCAAAUAUAAAAUAUAUUUUGAUUUGUUUAACACUUUUUUUGGUUACUACAUGAUUCCAUAUGUUUUAUUUCAUAGUUUUGAUGUCUUCACUAUUAUUCUACGAUGUGUCCAAACUUUUGACUGGUAGUGUACACACACAUGUGCGUGCACAGUUAGGCACACGUGCACGCAGGCACACACACACACAAACACACAUACACACACAUACCCAUGUAGCUAUAUUUUCAUGGUCGAUAGUUGAAAAGUGCAUGGAAAUUAUAUUUAUGCUGUUGGCCUGCCUCUGUAUAGGUUCAUAAAAAUCCUUGAAGAACAUUCUUGUCCCAUUGUAACUAAUGUGCAUAAGGGUCUCAAAGCUUAUGUCCUAUUUGAAUAUCGUGUAAUCCUCUGAACAGAGCACAAGAGGGAUGUGCUUCAACAAAGGUCCAGGCUAUGGCAACCCUGAUAACAUGUCCUUAUGUGAUUUUCAUGCCCUCAUGAAAAUGCAGACAAAAUACCAUAUUAGGUAUUUUAGGACUAAGGAUUGAAAGUAAAGCUACUUCAAGGAAAUCAUUGAGAAAUGCUGAAGAGACCUGGAAAUUAAAGCAUGAUUUAAAUUGGUUACCAUUGUAUGCUUUUGAACAUGUUCUUUAAACCACUCAGUGCUUAUGUGGGUAGUUCGGUACCUGUGUGACUCAUUCUUUCUGCAAACAGGAACAAUGCAGGUACAGAACCUGGAGGUAUGACGUCAGGUGUAGGCCUAUAAGACCCUCUCAGCUUCACUGCGUGUACACACACACGCACAUUCACAUGCACACACGCACACACGUAGCUGUAUUUCUAUGGUUGAUUAAUCCUAAUGGCAUGAAAAGAACAUGGCAAGCUUUAUGCCUUAGUCUUUCCUUUGCCCGGCCUCGGAAAUCUCAUAUCCAUAUUAAACACAGAGCGAGACCUCCUUGAAGAAGCUUCAGCGCUCUGAAUCUGUAGUCUGAGCGUUGAUGAAUGCUAGCUUGUGAAUGAAGCGCCCCAGUGCACUUAGGUACACGCAGGCAAUUAUCUAAAGCACAUAGCACUCUUACCAUCAACACAAUCAGACUAUUCAGGAAGGAUGUGCUGUGUGGUUAAAUUAUUAUUGGCCAUUAUAAGGAAGCCUUGUCCUAGGCUUCUGACCUAUGGGCCAUUUUGGCUAUCUCCUGUUUCAGUAGUGUGAGGCAGCUUGAAGUACACCCCUGGACAGGACUCUAUCCUCAUAUACAUUUAUAUAUUUUUUAUUGUAUGUAUUUAUUUAUGUACAGUUUUAAGUAUGUAUUUGUUGUUUAUUAUCUGGGUCAUUAGCUGACUGUAAAUUGAUGGAGAACGCAGGGCUGUGUAUGUUGCAGUCGAUUAGAUUUAGUUUCCUGUUUAAUUGUUUAUCUGUGUGCUUUCGGUUGAUGUUUUAUGUCAUUAUACAACUCUCCAACCUCAGUGCACUGUAUAAAUUGGUAUGUAAUUUGUUUACUCCUGUCUUAUGAAAAUCAGAUCAUCAUAUGAAAACCUGGAUUGUGUUUUGAAACGUAAUGACACAGGUACUGUGCUACUUGAACUCGUCCAAUAAGAACACAGAUUUUCAUUUUCCAUUGCAAAACAUUUCACAACAGCGUGCUCUUGAACACUAUCCCGUUCGCAAAAUCACGUGAGUCAUUCUCGACCCAUCUCUCCCCCCACCACACCUCCACACCCCCGCCCCCCUCUCUAUUCGCCCCUACUUCCCCCCAGGUUCCGGGCCGGCUUCAAGAGGGCGUUCCGCUGGUGCCCCUUCAUCCAGGUGUCCAGCUAUGAUGAGCUGGAGCUGAGAGCCACACGCCUCCACCCGGCCCGCCAGAGCAGCAUGUACACCCUGUCCCGCAUGGAUACCUCCAUGGUAGUGGUUUACGACCCUGUAGACGGAGCGAACAACCAGAACCAGGCCAGGAAGAAGAGCUACAUCAACCCUAGAGUGGAAAACGGGCUUGGUUGCAAUGGGAACGGGGCCAAGACUAAGGCAGGCUGCGCCCCCAACGCUGAGGCUGAGGACUUCUCCUAA